CUAGCCAGUCGCCCCACUCGAUGGUAGGGCCAGCGUUGGCCUGGCUACUGGGCGCCGCCAUGUUGGAGCCUCGGGACCCGAGCCAUGGAACCCAGAGCCGGAGCCAGAGCGCUAGCGAGGCCAGCUUUGCCGGGCAGAUGCAGCAAGUGCUGCCGGGACUUUACCUGGGUGGGGCCGCGGCCGUCGCGGAGUUGGACCUUCUCAGGGAAAUGGGCGUCACGGCCGUGCUGACGGUGGACUCGGAGGCGCCCAGUUUCACAGCAGGGCCUGGGGUCGAAAGAAUGCGGUGCCUCUUCGUGCCAGCGCUGGACGAACCCGAGACGGACCUGCUCAGUCACCUGGACCGGUGCGUGGCCUUCAUCGACCAUGCCCGCGCCGAGGGCCGCGCAGUGUUGGUGCACUGUCAUUCAGGAGUCAGUAGAAGUGUUGCUGUAGUGACUGCUUUUUUGAUGAAGACUGAUGAACUUACCUUUGAAAAAGCUUAUGAAAACCUCCAGACUGUCAAACCAGAGGCUAAGAUGAAUGAGGGAUUUGAGUGGCAACUGAAAUUAUACCAGGCAAUGGGAUAUGAAGUGGACACCUCUAGUGCAGUUUAUAAGCAGUAUCGUUUACAAAAGGUUACAGAGAAGUAUCCAGAAUUGCAGAAUUUACCUCAGGAACUCUUUGCUGUUGACCCAACCACCACUUCACAAGGAUUGAAAGAUGAGGUUCUCUACAAAUGUAGAAAGUGCAGGCGAUCCUUAUUUCGAAGUUCUAGCAUUUUGGAUCAUAAUGAAGGAAGUGGCCCUAUAGCCUUUACCCACAAGAGAAUGACAUCAUCUUUCAUGCCUAUGACAGGAAGUCAGGCUCAGUGUACAUCUUAUUUCAUUGAACCUGUACAAUGGAUGGAAUUGGCUUUGUUAGGAGUGAUGGAUGCACAGCUUCUUUGCCCCAAAUGCAGUGCCAAGUUGGGUUCCUUCAAUUGGUGUGGUGAACAGUGCUCCUGUGGUAGAUGGAUAACACCUGCUUUUCAAAUACAUAAGAAUAGAGUGGAUGAAAUGAAAAUGCUGCCAGUUUUAGGAUUACAAACAAGAAAAAACACAAACUUGUGACAUUUGAUAGCUUAGAAAGAAACUUACUAAUGAUAUAUGCUACCCUUGCUUAUUGUCAUUAAGGCAAAUUGUCUAAUUUUUAGGCCAUCAGCAUUUCAUUUGGAAUGUGAGAAGCUAAAAAUCACUUGAUUUGACUUGGAAGUUAUGCUUUGUUAGCCUGCUAUAUUAUAUAGGAAGAAUAAUUUAUAUGGAAAUCAAGCAUAUAGAUUUUAUUUUGUUUGGUAUAGGAAUCUUUUGUAACCUAGAUAUUUUCUUUGUUUCAUAUAUUUUAAAAAGUUCUGACUUUUGGAAUGUUUAGUUAUGUGAUCUUAAGUUCUGGGUGGACAAAAUUACGUACCAAAAUUGGUAACUGUCAUAUUUCAAAACGUAUUCUUUUACCUGCAGAAAUGUAAAGCAGAUUUAUUUGGUCAUAUUUUGAAAUUUCUUUCUCCUUCUCUUUUUUAAAGGAACAUUGGGAAACCUUAGUUUGUCUAGAUUUUUCUUGGAAAUGUAGAAAAGAAAAGACCAUAAGUAGGGCACUGAUUAAAAUGUGAUUUUCUUAAUUACUGCUCUGGAAUCCCAGUCAUCUAAAUUAUUUAUUAAAGUUUGUUUGAGUUACCUCUUGAAGUAAUCUACAUAAGGAAAUGUAUUGGUGUUGGUAUGUUUCUAUUGAUAAAGGAAACAGAUUCUUAAAAUGUGGAGUUACUACAUAUCAACUAUGUUUUUAGCCUGAUAUAUUAGAGUAUUGGGAAACAGUAAUAUAUCCAGAUUAGUUUUCUGACCUGAACUCUGGAAACUGGAACUUAUUUUACUCAUUACUAAUAAUUAGAAUUGGACCUAAUUAGCUAUUUGAACAUUUAUGUGAAACCAGAAUUAACUAAUAAAGAGAAAUAUAGUCUAUGUUCUCAAGACAUUUUGCAUAUUUACAUGUAUAUAUGUGUCUUAUGUGUAUAUAAACAUAAAAAUGGCAGUAUUUAAAAAUGCAUAAAGAAAAUGUGAAUAAUGACCCUCUUAAAAAAUGCUUAGCUUAAUUUUUGAAAUAUAUAGGAGUGUUAUGGAUGAUUCUUGAGAAAAUGUCAACAGGACCUGAAGCCUUUGGCAACUUCUAUAUAAUAAUAUUUUCUUAUGAAAAGCAUCGAGUACUACUAUUAAAGCUCACUAGUGUUUUUAAGUUUGUUUUUUUUUAGCCAAGUUGCUAUGUCCUUCCAGUCCUCCCUCAAAAUAAAUGACACAUACAAAUUCUCUUUUAAA